CGACAAAUCAUCAGGACUCGACUCAGCACAGCGCGAAGGAGAAACACAAACACACCCACUAUCGCCGCCCACUGUCACAACAACACAGCAUCACCCACCACCACCACCACCACCAAGACCAAGACCAAGCCAGCUCCUCCUCCUCCUCCUCCUCCUCCUCCUCCUCAUCAUCAUCAUCAUCAUCAUCAUCGUCGACUAUGGCCGACGUGGUGCAAGCGCUGUACGCUUUCUCAGCCACAAACGAGAAUGGCCUCUCGUUCGCGGCAGGUGAUCGCAUCGAGGUGAUCCAACGCGACGCCUCGGGCUGGACCAAGGGCAAGCACACAUCAACACAGCAAUCGGGAUGGUUUCCCAGCAGCUACGUGAAGCCUGCUGAGCCGGAACAGGCGUCUCCCCCGCCCGCGCCAGAAGAGCCCGAGCCCCAGCCCCAGCCAGUGUCUGUGCCUUCGCCACCAGCACCGCCUCAGGCACCAGCAGCACCAAGCAAUGACGAUCUGCCACCGGGCUGGAAGGCCGUUGUUGACCAGGCAUCUGGCCGUUCAUACUAUGUCAACGAGCAAACUCAAGAAACGCGGUGGGACAAGCCGCAGGCGCAGCAGCCGGCUGAUGAGGAAGAGAAUGCAUAUGGCAUCAUCGCCCCCAGCUCUGCCAUCCAGGUGUCCAUCCCUCCACCGCCAAUGCCGGGCCAGGGUGCGCCGCAGCCGCCACAGGCACCCCGCCCCGGUGGGCCGCCUCAGGCACCGCAGGCCCCCAAGCCAAAGCUCGUGCCCUCGGCACCCGAGCCGCCCAUCAUGAACGACGACGUGUACGGCGACCUGCCAGACCAGGACCCGCAGCAGCCCCCACAGCCCCCACAGCCCCCGCAGCAGCCACCACAGAUGCGAAACUCCAUGUACGGCGAGCCCGCGCCCCCGGGACCACCCGGCAACCCGCGCCCGCCAAUGCGCCCGCCAUCGCAGUACGGCCAGAUGCAGAUGCAGCAGCCACCACAGCCACCACAGCAGCAGCACAUGCAGCACAUGCAGCAGCCAGGAUACCCGCAGCAACAGGGGCCACCACAGGGGCCGCCAAUGCCACCCGGCCAGCAGCAGCAGCAGUUUCAGCAGCCACAGCAGCCACAGCAGCAGGCCCAGCCGGUGCAUCCCAGUUUCCAAACGCUCCAGCGCGAUACGAGCAUGCGCGAUCCAAACAAGUUCCACUACCGCGAGAACUUCUGGCAGGAUGCGGCGGAUGGUAAGCCUGGCUUUGAUCUGCUUGUGCUGAAGCACCGCAAUGGCAAGGAGGUGUGCAAAGACCUGGCCGAGUUUAUGCGUCUCAGGGCGGCUGUUGAGGACCAGUACGCAAAGGCGCUUGCCAAGCUGGCAAAGGUCACGCUCGGUGACAUGGAGGAAGGACACAUGCGUCAGAUUUGGUUGAAUGUGAAGAACGACAUUGCAGAAGAGGCGCGUGACCGCGCCACCUUUGCCAUCCAGCUGUCUACCGAGCUGGACAAGGAUUUUAUGAGCUUCAAGGACCAGCAGAAGCUUGCCCGCAAAUCCUUUGAGAAGACGAUUCUUGAGACGCGCAAGGACCUUGCGAGCGCGGUGCCCGGCCUUGAGAAGUCCCAUGCGCACUACGUUGACAAGUGCAUUGACUACGGCCGCGCCUGCGACAACUUUUCCCACGCCCAGGCUGUCGGCGCCUCCCACAAGGAGCUGCAGAAGCUUGCGGACGCGCGUGCGAAGCAUGAGAAGAAGGUGAACAAGGCUGCGGAGGAUUACAACAAGCACGUCACCAAGUUCAACACACGCCAAAAGGCCUGGGUUGACACCAUGAUCGAGGGCUGUAACACGUUUGAGGAUGCUGAGCGCGACCGCCACCGCUUUGUCGGGGCGACAGUCGGCCGCUACUGCCAGACGAUCCUCGACAUGAACGCCGCACAGUCUGCUCGCCUCCAGGGCUGUGUUGACCACUACCGCACGCUCAGCAGCGAUGACGAAAUUCGCGCUUUCACCAACGAGCACUCCACGGGACAACAGGACUGCCCCCAACCUGUGCAAGUACCAAGCCCAGACGAGGUGUAUGCCCGCUACCAGCAGAGCCAAGGCAACCCACAGCAGCCUGGUGCAUCAUCCUCCUUUGCAUGAGCAGCUGCUCUCCCCCCCCCCCACCUCCUUUCUCAAUCUCCACCAGCUUCAAACCUGCACACGUACACGCGCGCGUGCUACUCGUUGCCUAUAUUUCAAUGCAAUAGCCAGUGCCUUUGCUGGCCUGCCUUCUUGUCGGCUCCACGCUGCUUGUUUCUCCGCUUGCUUCUUGCUUCCUGGUUGCUUUGUACAUCCUUUUCCUUUCCAUCUCCUCUCUCUAUCAGCAGUACACGGACCGGUGUGAUGGG